AUUGAAAAGCUGCAGUGAUAGCAGUAGUUGUAGUGCAGAACUGGCAUUCGUCUCGUUUUCUGGAUAUGUUGGUGGCUCCUAACUUCUCCAUAAUGAUUCUUCAACACCACCAACCGCUGAGACAGCCUUAAACACUCCAACACACAUAAAACUUUUGGUCUCAUCCCUCUAAAUCCACAAUAAAAAGAUUUUUACCAUGGGCAUACUCUACGACGACGUGGUGAUCAUAAGCGAGCCACAAAAAGACGGCGACCCAACUGUUCUCACUGUCAAUUGCCCUGACAAAACUGGUCUGGGCUGUGAUUUGUGCCGCAUCAUACUCUUCUUUGGUCUCAACAUACUCAGAGGAGAUGUUUCAACGGAUGGGAAAUGGUGCUACAUAGUUUUCUGGGUCGUUGGGAAAAACAGGACGAGGUGGAGUUUGCUAAAGAAGAGGCUGAUUGAGGCAUGCCCUUCUUGCUCCUCGGCUUCUGGAAUCUCUUAUUAUCGAUCUGAGUUGCAGCCCUCCAAGCCUCCUGAUGUCUUUCUUUUGAAUUUUUGCUGUCAUGACCGGAAAGGGCUUUUGCAUGAUGUUACUGAGGUUCUUUGUGAGCUAGAACUUACUAUAAAGAAAGUGAAGGUAUCUACUACACCUGAUGGCAAAGUGAUGGAUCUGUUUUUCAUCACAGACACCAGAGAACUUCUACACACAAAGAAGAGAAAGGACGAAACAAUUGAACAUCUAACAGAGAUUUUGGGGGAUGCCAUAAUUUCUAUUGACAUAGACUUGGUUGGCCCAGAAAUUACAGCUUGUACCCAGGCAUCUCCAUUGCUUCCAACUGCAAUCACAGAAGAUGCCUUUGAUUUGGAAUUGCCCGAUUUGGCUCGGGGAGGAACUUUGAGGUCAGAUUAUGUUUCUGUCAUGAUGGACAAUACGCUUAGUCCUGCUCACACCCUUGUCCAAAUUAUGUGCCAAGAUCACAAAGGUCUACUUUAUGACAUCAUGAGAACUCUGAAAGACUACAACAUUCAGAUUUCUUAUGGGCGUUUCACUACAAAACCUAGAGGAAAAUGUGAGAUUGACUUGUUCAUCAUGCAAGCAGAUGGCAAAAAGAUUGUUGACCCAAACAAGCAGAAUUCAUUGUCAUCACGCCUUAGAAUGGAACUAUUUCGACCACUCAGGGUAGCCAUUGUGAGUAGGGGCCCGGAUACCGAGCUUCUGGUCGCAAAUCCAGUGGAGUUAUCUGGCAAGGGCCGACCUCUUGUUUUUUAUGAUAUCACUCUAGCACUCAAAAUGCUAGGCACUUGCAUAUUUUCGGCUAAAGUUGGGAGACACGUAAUUGGAGAUCGUGAGUGGGAGGUUUAUAGAGUCUUGCUUGAUGAAGGGGAGGGGUUAUCUUUACCAAAGAACAAGAUUGAGGAGGGAGUUUGGAAAAUGCUGAUGGGUUGGGAGUAACCCAUGGUUGCCAUAUUCACAUUGCAUCCUUUGGAUUGGAUCAUCCUCUCUACCUGUGUACAGAUAGCUGUGUCUAAUAUCAUAUAGUUUGUUGUUGUUAGGAGUAAUUGUGAAAUAUGUAGUAUGCAAAAGUGCUAGACUUUGCCACCAUACUUUUGAGCUUUUCUAUAAUUCUAACUUUUUGUAUAUAAACGAGAAGGCAGUAACAAGUAGAAGACAGAAGAUAAUUUUUCUCAGGGCGUUUAAUUAUAAAUGAAAAUUAAAUGAAACAUUUUAAAGUGAUUAUUAUA